CCCUGAGAGCCCGGUAGCCUCGGAUCGCGGCGCUGCGGACGCGGUGAUGGAUGAGCCCUGGUGGGAAGGGCGCGUCGCCUCGGACGUCCACUGCGCGCUGCGCGAGAAGGAACUGAAGCUGCCUGCCUUCCGAGCCCACUCCCCGCUCCUGAAGAGCCGCAGGUUCUUUGUGGACAUCCUGACCCUGCUGAGCAGCCACUGCCAGCUCUGCCCCGCGGCCCGGCACCUGGCCGUCUACCUGCUGGACCACUUUCUGGAUCGCUAUAACAUCACCACCUCCAAGCAGCUGUACGCCGUGGCCGUCUCCUGCCUCCUGCUCGCAAGUAAAUUCGAGGACAGGGAAGACCACGUACCCAAGUUGGAGCAGAUAAACAGCACGAGGAUCCUGAGCAGCCAGAACUUCACCCUCAGCAAGAAGGAGCUCCUGAGCACGGAGCUGCUGCUCCUGGAGGCCUUCAGCUGGAACCUCUGCUUGCCCACGCCCGCCCACUUCCUAGACUACUACCUCCUGGCCUCCGUCAGCCAGAAGGACCAGCACUGCCACAGCUGGCCCACCACCUGCCCCCGAAAGACCAAAGAGUGCCUCAAGGAAUACGCCCACUACUUCCUAGAGGUCACCCUGCAAGAUCAUAUUUUCUACAAAUUCCAGCCUUCCGUGGUCGCUGCCGCCUGCGUUGGGGCCUCUAGAAUUUGCCUUCAGCUUUCUCCCUACUGGACCAGAGACCUGCAGAGGAUCUCAAACUACUCCCUGGAACAUCUCAGCACAUGCAUCGAAAUCCUGCUGGUAGCUUAUGACAAUGUCCUCAAGGAUGCCGUCGCAGUCAAGAGCCAGGCCUUGGCGAUGGUGCCCGGCACAUCCCCAGCCCCCACCCAAAUGCUGUUUCAGCCACCUGCCUACCCCACCCUUGGCCAGCCGACACCUGUGGCCCUGGCACAGUUCCAGACCCCCGUGCAGGACUUGUGUUUAGCGUAUCGGGACUCACUGCAGGCCCAUUGUUCGGGGAGCCUGCUCUCAGGGGGCACUGGCUCAUCUCUCCACUCCCCGUACCCCUCCCUCCAGCCCCUGGACGUGUGCCCUGUGCCCCUCCCCACGUCCCUCAGCAUGCAGAUGGCCCUCUCAGCUGAGCCCAGGCACUGCCUUGCCACCACCUACAGAAGCAGCUACUUCAGUGGGAGCCACACAUUCCCCACGGGCUGUUUCGACAGAUAAGGCCCCGUUGGGCCACCCAGGAAGGCCUUGGAGACCCAGGCAGAGGAAGAAGACACUAACGAGGGGAACUCAGCAGAGCACGGCGACUGGGAGGCCAUCUCCGCAGAGCCUCAGCCCUGGACUAGAGAGGGUCUGUGCUCUUUUUAAAUAAAACGGACCCAGAGCAAAACAGUCAAUGAGAUACCUCACCCAAGAGCAUUCCCCUGAAAAACAUCUUCCACAUGUGCCUGGGGUGCAAGGGGAUGGCUCCACAGCCGUCCCCUGGAGCAGGGGCCCAGAGAAUCAAGAAACUCCUGGAAAGAGGCCAGGAGUCUGGGAGCUGGAUGCAGACACGGGUCCACGAGCGUGUCUGGUGUUUAGCAUUGAAGACUCCUUUGUUCUCUGCCGAUGGCAGCUACGCCACCGAAGAAGGGCAGCCUGACGCGUUCUCAGGACCCCAGCGGGUGCUUCUGUCCCCCUGGCUCCAUGCAGGGGCCUGUGUGUGUGUGACGCCUGGGCGUCUGCCUUCUGAGGCACCGUGCUCGGCUCUCUUGCCUCUAAUGUCGAACCUAAAACCUUACUCACCCUUUUAGACAUUUCACAUGCUGCUGCUUCCCGAAGUGACCUAGCUUUCUGUUCAGCAAGAAGUCUUGUUUACACACUGUAUCAGGGAUUUUGUGAUACUUGAAAAUUCCUUAGGAGGAAAUCGAUGUUGACUACCACCACGGCCGGUCCCACGCGCGGGCCGUUGCCUUGACCCCUGCUUGUGACCGACCUGUGGGUGAUGGCAGAGCUCCCUUUUCAAAAGCAUAUGGUUGGGGAGAGCCACUUGCCAGUCUCUCGGUUCCAGGAGAUUCCACACGUCGGAUGCUGAGUUCACCUGUAGAACUUAUGUAACCACCCAGAGGCAAAAGGUUGAAAGGUAGACAAAGGUUUAAAACCAACAUCCCCACCUCCCUCUACCUGCUUCUAGUACAUGAGGUUAAACCAGCCUCGGCUUUGAGUUUGGCUAAUAACAAAGGGUAAUAACGUGGAAUGUGUGCUUAAUGCCAGCUGGAUUUGGGGAGUGGGGAUGCGUAUGACACCACCAGACCAAAGGCCAGUGUUGGGGUAUCUGCAGCAUGGGGCUCUCAGGACCACUCUGGUGGCAUGUGCAAUAUGUUUUUAUUCUGACUCGCGGCUUGUGCUCAGCAUGGGUUUUUGUUUGUUUGUUUGGGGUCAGGGGGCGUGUUGUUCACCCAAUAGAACUGGGAGGUGCAAAGAAGCACGGAAACAUUUGUUUGUUUGUUUUUUAAGAAGAAACCAUGUUGGUUUUAUUACUCACUUGCCCGUCCAGGAGACUGGCAGGUGGCUACCAGGACAGCGGCGUGCUGCUGAGUCGGGUCCGAAGGUGAUGUUCUGAGCAGGACAAAGCCUCCACGUGCAAACGGAGUAAGAAGAGACUAGACGUGGGUCUGGUGCUGCCACUUUGUCACACUCGCAUGGGAAGCUGCACGUUCGUUUGUUUUUCUCUCUUCCUUUGGCCAACCUAUUUAUGUGCGACUGGUUUGGAUUCCAAGUUAUUGUGUUUGUUUUCUGUGGCUGGGGGCUUGUGAGGGGGCCCCCGGAAAAAGGUGUCCCGCAAUAAACAUGUCACCUGCCCUAGG